CUAACCUUCAACUUUCAUCCUUAAAAAAAACAAAAAAACCUUGAACUCUCAGAAAAAACCUUAAACUCUCAGAAAAAACCUUGAACUUUCUCUCAUCAAUGGCUUCUUCUUCUUCUCCAGUCUUCAUACCCACUGAGACCUUAAGCACCAUCCUCACCCACAAAACUCUCAUCAAUCACUUCCAAACCAAUCUCCCCAAAGUUUCAACCUAUCUCCAAACCCCAAUUCGCCAAAGCUACAAUGUCUCUCUUUCUUCCUCCCUCCUCCUCAUGCCUUCUUGGUCUUCUUCCCCUUCCUUCCCUUUCAUCGGCGUCAAACUCGUCACCCAUUUCCCUCAAAACUCUGCAUUCAACCUACCUGGUGUUCAGGGAAGCUAUGUCCUCUUCAGUUCUGAGACUGGUCAAACCCUUGCUUCCAUGGACUGCACUGAACUCACCCUUUACCGAACCGCCUGUGUUUCUGGUUUGGCUUCGAGAUACUUAUCGAGGGAUGAUAGUGAGGUUCUUGUCAUGGUUGGUUCUGGUUCCCUGGCUCCGCAUUUGAUCAGAGCUCAUCUUUCAGCUAGACCCAGUUUGAGAAAAGUUGUGAUAUGGAAUAGGACAGUGGAGAAGGCAGCAAGUUUGGCAGAGAAGCUGAGAGAAUGUGGUGAGUUUGAAGAGGUGAGUUUUGAGGGGUGUGGUUGUGGGUGUUUGGAUGAGGUUGUUGGAAGUGGGGAUAUUGUGAGCUGUGCUACCAAUUCUGAGGAAGCUCUUGUGAAGGGUGAGAGGUUGAAGGAUGGGGCUCAUUUGGAUUUGGUGGGUUCUUUCAAGCAUUCAAUGAAGGAAUGUGAUGAUGAGGCUAUAAGAAGGGGGAAGGUGUUUGUGGACAAUGAGGCUGCACUGGUUGAAGCUGGGGAGUUGGUGGGUGCUUUUGAGAGAGGAGUGAUUAAGAAAGAUGAAAUUGGAGGAACUUUGUUGGAGCUUACUAGUGGUGAAAAAGCUGGAAGAAGCAGUUCAGAGCAAGUUACUGUUUUCAAGUCUGUUGGUUCUGCUGUGGUUGAUAUGCUGGCAGCACAGUUUGUUUAUGAAGCAUAUAUGCAAGGAGCUAGGCAGAGUGUUGAAGGAAGUGAGAUCUGCAAUUAACAGGCAAGGCAGUUGAGACCUCCAACAGUUUAUAACAAGCUCCCCGUACUUGUGAAGAGAAGGGGCAUGAAAGAAUCACAUGAUCAGUUGUUUCUUCUGCUUGGGAGCUGAAACAGCAUAGUGAACCCUCUCUUCAAGGAUUAUUCUUCUUUUCCUAAGGUUGGCCCUUGAUUGAAUCUGAUCCGACAUGACCCUCCAAAUGAAUGCUAUCACAUUUGACGGAGCUGCUGACCUCCAAAUGAGUUUAAACACUCGCCUCAAGCGUCGGUUCUUAUGAAUUAAGUUGAAAGACUCUUCAUGUUGUACUCAACCGGGAAUCUAAACACAAAAAAGUGGCAUUGCAAUUCAUCUUUUAUUCAAACACACACUAGGCAUUGCGCUUUGGGACUCAACUUGUUGACAGUGUCAAAUAUGGAGCAUGAUUUAGAAUUUUAGAUAGUAUCAUUUGAUUCCUUUAAUGCUCUACUUCAUUCUGGUUGGUAAAGAUGUGCAUGUGAUAGACCAAAUUUGCCUUGUGACAGUAGAGAAGCCAUUUUAAAAGAGAAAAACGAAUCAAUUAUGUAAACUGAUAUGAUGGCAGCUAACACAUAUUUACUGAAUUAAUGAAGAAAGGGUGAGCUGAAUGGUUUGCAGAAAACAUACACACUCUUUUUCAACACAUUUCCAAUCACUUUCUAAUAUCAAUGAAUUAAUUAAGGCCUAGUUUGGAAGAGCUUAUUUGAGCUUAUCUGACAGCAUAAGCUCUUACGCCAGUGUUUGAGAUGACUUAUGCAAACAGCUUAUGGUCUGCCAUAAGCUAUUUUCAGCUUAUUUUCAUAAGCUAUCCUGAGUAGCUUAUGAAAAACUGCUUAUGCUUAUAUACAGUUUAUUUUUAAUUCAUUUCAAUAAAUUUUUAAAAAUAGCUUAUGACAUAAGCGCUUAUGACCAUAAGCACUUAAUUAAGCUGUUUUUCCAAACGGGGUCUAAAGGGGGACUAAAAUCAAUAGUUUGCGAUUAUAAUUAAGGAGACAAAAAAAAAUAUUUAACCCUUUUUUUUUUGACAAAAAAAACCCUAUUUUUUUUCUUCUAAAUUGCAUAUUUAAUUGCUCAUAUGGUACAAAAGUUCAUGAUAUAAGAUAUAGCUAGGACAUGGGGUUGCUCUUUUAUUAGGAGAUAAAUUAGGAGGCAAAUCAGGAGAUGAAUUAGGAGACAAAUCAGGAAAUAAUGCUGGGGAUACAUGCAUUUUACCGUUAUGAUUUGACUUAGUGAGAUAGCAAAGGAUGUACGUACUGUGCUUGUACUACAUCUGUACUACUAACAUAUUGUUAGCUUAGUAGUAUAAAAAGGCUACAUCUUCCCCUGUAUUCUUAUCAACAUAUUUUAUCCCAUUCAAUUAUAUUCCAGAUAUAUAUUUUUCCUAGAA